AUGUCAAUUUCCAAAAGCAAAAAACACCCGAUUGUGGGCAACAUAUUGGCUGAACUUCAAGGGGAAGACUGGAAGAGAAUCCGAUCCAUAACGAGCCCUGUAUUUACUUCGGGCAAAAUGCGCAAAAUGUAUCCAUUGGUCAGACAGUCUGUGGAGGGGUUUAUGAAUACAUUGAGUGAAUACUUGAAACACAAACAAGUGAUCGACGUUAAGGAGAUGUACGCCUGUCUAACUAUGGAUGUGAUCGCGAACUGCGCUUUCGCUACAAAAACCAAUGCUUUUAAAGACCCAAACAAUGCAUUUGUAGUGAACGGAAGAGAUGUGCUUAAAGUUUCUAAAGGAAAGGAUAACAUCAAUGAUGAGAGCGAUAGACACGAGUCUUAUCACAAUAAUGAAUGCGAAGAGGAAUUAAAAAUGGCGAACAAAAUACUGAAUAUAAAACCAUCGAAUAAAUUCAUAACAGAGGAUGAGAUGAUAGCGCAGGGAUUUGUGGUGUUUAUUGCCGGAUAUGAAACGGCAUCCACUACUCUGUCCUUCUGUUCCUAUGAAUUGGCACUCAAUCCAGACGUUCAGCAAAAACUAUACGAAGAAGUGAUGUCUUCGUUGGACACAAACGGAGAGAUUGAUUACGAAGUGUUGACAAAACUGCCGUUUUUGGACGCAGUGAUCGCUGAGACUCUUAGACUCCAUUCACCUAUUGUUAAAAUAGGAAACAUUGCGGCACAAGACUACCGGUUGGGAAGCACUGGGAUUACUGUACAAAAGGGACAAACAGUGGAAAUACCGAUCUAUGCUAUCCAUCACUCGGAGGAAUACUAUCCAAAUCCCGAAAUGUUUAUUCCCGACCGCUUUCUACCCGUAAAUCGUCACAAAAUAAUUCCCUACACUUAUCUACCCUUCAGUGCCGGUCCUCGCAAUUGCAUUGGAAUGAGUUUACCCGAAGUCCGCAAACAGAAGUUCCCUUAA